AUGGGUCUCCUGCUGCAGCUGUUGCCGGUGCUUGCCGUGUUCCUGUUUGGGGCCCCUGCGCCAGGGCUCGCCGUUCCGAUGGCCCCGCAGCACCACCCUUCACACCCAGGACACAACGCCUUCCCCAUGCCUCCCUUUCCACGAGACAACGCCAUCCCCAUGCCUCCCGCGCAACGAUACCCCGUGCCGGUCCCUACACGACACAACGCCAUCCCCAUGCCUCCCUCUCCACGAGACAACGUGCCGGUCCCUACCCGACACAACGCCAUCCCCAUGCCUCCCUCUCCACGAGACAACGUGCCGGCCCCUACCCGACACAACGCCAUCCCCAUGCCGGCCCCUCCCACCCCCAGUCCCGCGGACGUCGAGAUUGCAGUUGAGUUCCUGAGGGCGGUGUGGAAGUUACUUUUGCGCGCAUCUGAGGCACAGCGGCACCAUCCCCGCAGCACAGAGCUUGCCAGCCCUGUGCCAGUUCCCCCCAGCCCCGGCGCUGCCCCGUCGGCCAUGUCCGACGAUGACUUGGCGGCAAAGUUCAUCGUGAUGGUGUGGAAAUUCAUUUGGCGCUCAAAUCAGGAUAGGUUCCACAACGCAGAGGAUGGCAGCCCCCCGCCACCUCCCAUCCUUGAUAUGUCCUCUCUCAAGCCCCUGUCAGCCCAUCGUAGCCCCGGCGCCGCACCAGACAGCUCGGAUGACAAUGACUCUUUGGCAGAGGCCGUCAAGCUGGUGUGGGAGUAUAUGUGGCGCGGCGAGAUGCAGGCACGCCAGCGGCAGGCUCUGCAGUCCCACACUAGCCCGUUCAAGCCACCCAUAGCCCCUUGCAACCCCAUACCAGUCCCUAACAGCUCCAAGCCAGCUCCCCUGCUCCAUCCAGCCCCUCUCACCCCCGCAGCCCCGCAGGAGAUAUUCAACAAGGACGCUGCUGCAGAGGUCACCAGUCUCCUUAGGGAGUGGAGUGACUGGAAGGCGCACGCACGGCUGCAGGCCCACAACACUGAAGUCCUCGCCGAGCUGAGGCAGGCCCUGCAGCAGCUGCUGAACUUCCCGAAGAAAGCCAUCGUGGCGGAGGUCCUCCAGCGGAUAAGAGGAAAAGUUGAUGCUAACCUGGACAAGGUGGUCGUGGGCGUGGACGAUGCCCUUAGGGACCUGUCUCGUCAGUUGAGGGACACGAGGCACCGGCAGGAGCCCGCAGCCCGCAGCAGAGCCAAAAGGAACUUCACAAACGCAAGGGAUGUGGACAUCGCCUUGGUCAUCGGGCUGAUGUUCAUGUCCAUCGUCAUCGUCAUCAUCGGCAACUUAGAUCCUGUGACGCAGACUUAUUAA